AUGAAUGAUCUGCUGAAUGUGCCCCUGGUGCACAUCCUCACCCUGGCAGCCCUCAGCUUGGCUGAGACACUCCCAAAAGCUCCCUUGAUCAGCACACCUCUGGAAACUGUGGAUGCACUGGUAGAGGAUGUUGCCAAGUUUGUCUGUGUAGUGGAGUCGUACCCUGAGCCAGAGAUUACGUGGACACGUAACAGCAUUCCCAUCAGGCUGUUUGACACACGGUACAGCAUCCAGAGGAAUGGGCAGCUCCUGACCAUUCUGAGUGUGGAAGACAGUGAUGAUGGGGUGUACUGCUGCACGGCGGAUAACGGGGUUGGAGUGGCUGCGCAGAGCUGUGGGGCUCUCCAAGUGAAAAUGCGACCCAAAAUAACCCGACCACCUAUAAAUGUGGAAAUAAUAGAAGGGUUAAAGGCUGUUCUACCAUGCACUACAAUGGGGAAUCCAAAACCUUCUGUUUCAUGGAUCAAAGGAGAAACAGUUGUGAAGGAGAAUGCCCGAAUUGCUGUCCUUGAUUCAGGGAGUUUAAGGAUCCACAACGUUCAGAGAGAAGAUGCAGGGCAGUAUCGAUGUGCAGCCAAGAACAGCCUGGGCACAGCCUAUUCAAAACCUGCAACUGUGGUAGUGGAAGUUUUUGCCAGAAUCCUGAAGGCUCCCGAAUCCCAGAAUAUCACCUUUGGGUCUGUGGUGAUAUUGCAGUGCACAGCCACUGGCCUUCCAGUUCCCACUGUCACCUGGCUGGAAAAUGGGAAAGCUGUUUCUGCCGGGUCUAUAGUGGAAAGUGUCAAAGACAGAGUGGUUGACUCCAGACUGCAGGUGUACGUGACCCGACCUGGCCUCUUCACUUGCCUGGCCACAAAUAAACACAGCAAAACCUUUGGAGCUGCAAAAGCUGCAGCAACCAUCAGUGUUUCAGAGUGGAGCAAGCUGUACAAGGGUGAUGCAGGCUACUGCAGCACAUACAGAGGUGAGGUGUGCAGUGCUAUCUUGGUGAAGAAUGCUCUUGUUUUCUUCAACUCCUCCUAUGCUGACCCAGAGGAGACCCAAGAGCUGCUUGUGCACACUGCCUGGACUGAACUGAAAAUGGUGAGUUCAUUCUGCCAACCGGCUGCUGAGUCUCUGCUGUGUAACUACAUCUUCCAGGAGUGCAAUCCCUCAGGAGCUGGGCCAGCUCCAAAACCAGUGUGCAGAGAGAAUUGCCUUGCUGUAAAGGAUCUCUACUGCUUUAAGGAAUGGCUUGCAAUGGAGGAAAGCUCUCAGAAGGGGAUUUACAAGCCAGGACUGAUGCUGCUCACUCUUCCUGAAUGCAACAGGCUGCCCAGCCUGCACCAGGACCCCAACGCCUGCACCCACAUCCCUUUCUUUGAUUUUAAGAAGGAGAAUAUAACCACAUCGUUAUCACUAGGAACAAGAAAACCAAAUGGAGACAUUCCAAAUCUCCCCCCUCCUCCUCCCUUUUCCCCUACGUACUCCAUGACUGUUAUCAUCUCAAUCAUCUCCAGCUUUGCCCUGGUUGUGAUCUUUGGCAUUGUCACUCUGAUUUGCUGCCGUCGGCGAAAGCAGUGGAAAAACAAAAAAAGAGAGUCAGAGACACCGACACUCACCACUCUGCCCUCUGAACUCCUCCUGGACCGGCUGCACCCCAACCCAAUGUACCAGCGGAUGCCCCUUCUCCUCAAUCCAAAACUGCUCAGCCUAGAGUAUCCCAGAAACAAUAUUGAAUAUGUGAGAGAUAUAGGGGAAGGAGCAUUUGGGAGAGUCUUCCAAGCAAGGGCUCCAGGGCUGCUACCAUAUGAGCCAUUCACAAUGGUGGCAGUGAAAAUGCUGAAGGAGGAAGCAUCUGCAGACAUGCAGGCUGACUUUCAGAGGGAGGCAGCCCUCAUGGCAGAGUUUGACAACCCAAAUAUCGUCAAGCUUUUAGGUGUGUGUGCUGUUGGGAAACCAAUGUGCCUGCUCUUCGAGUACAUGGCCUACGGGGAUCUCAACGAGUACCUGCGUGACCGCUCACCCCGCAACCUCUGCAGCCUGGUGCACGGUAGCUUGGACGCACGGAUCCGCCUCCCUAACCCCCUGGCACUCUGCUGCACCAGCCAGCUCUGCAUUGCCAAGCAGGUGGCUGCUGGCAUGGCGUACCUCUCCGAGCGCAAGUUUGUCCACCGGGAUUUGGCUACCAGGAACUGCCUGGUGGGGGAGAACAUGGUAGUGAAAAUUGCUGAUUUUGGUCUCUCUCGGAACAUGUAUUCGGCUGACUACUACAAAGCGAAUGAGAACGACGCCAUCCCCAUCCGCUGGAUGCCCCCCGAGUCCAUUUUCUACAACCGCUACACCACGGAGUCUGAUGUGUGGGCCUAUGGGGUGGUGCUGUGGGAGAUCUUCUCCUAUGGCAUGCAGCCCUACUAUGGCAUGGCUCAUGAGGAGGUCAUCUACUAUGUGAGGGAUGGGAACGUUCUCUCCUGCCCUGAUAAUUGUCCCCUGGAGCUCUACAACUUGAUGCGCCUCUGCUGGAGCAAGUUGCCUGCCGACCGGCCAAGCUUUGCCAGUAUCCACCGCAUCUUGGAGCGUAUGUACGAGAGGGCUGUGGCAACCCCAUCAGUCUGA